AAUGUUUCGGUGACGUCGCAGGGACAACAGAGCAGACGACACAAUAAAAAAUUUUUAUCUUUAUUUUUAUCCCUUUAUCAUUUUUACUCAUAAUUUGGACGUGAAACACGUUUGUUGACAUGAAAUAAAAAUUAAAUGUGUUUUAUUAAUUAAAUGUGUUAUGUAUUUGAUUCAAUUACAUUGUUUUUGGCCCCCAUGAAUACAAUAAGGGUGCUGGAAAUGUUUGUAGUGAUUAUGCGUUUCCUUGACAACAUGUUUCCGAAGAACUUGACACAAAUAUAGAAAACGAGCUAAAUGUUUGUAACACGUGCAUUUUAUUUAAACUGUAAAUUAUCAUUAAUUUACAGUAAAAUACUAAAAUCUAAGUUUUCAACAUAUAAUCUCAAGACUAAGGAAAAAGACUCAAUACAACAAGAACUUGGAAAUGGGUAACUGUGUACGAAUAACGAUCGAAGAAUUUCGCCGUAGAAGAUAUCCACAAAAAACUAUUGUUUUACUCAUGACUGGAAUUGACAAUGCUGGCAAAACUUCGGUUCUGAAUCGAAUUAGCGGUAACGUAAGUCAAAUUGUCUUGCCAACAAUUGGAUUUCGUACAGUGACAUUAAAAUACAAGACAUGUAGAAUAAAAAUUUAUGACAUUGGAGGAGGACCGCAUAUUCGUUCUAUUUGGAAAAACUAUUACAGUGAUGUUCAUGGAUUAAUUUAUGUCGUGGACGCUAGUGAUUUGCCACGACUUACUGAAAGCAGGGAAGUUUUAAACGAUGUCUUAACGCAUGUACAUAUUUCUGGAAAACCAGUUUUACUAUUAGCAAAUAAACAAGACCUAAGGGGAGCAAUCGACGAAUUAGAUAUUGUCGAUAACUUGAAUGUAGAAGAGUUAGCAAAUUCGAUGAAAUGUCCAACGAGAGUGGAAAUUUGCUCUUGUGAAGACACACAUAUUAAAGAAAUUGCAAUUAUUGAAGGAUACAGAUGGUUACUCGAGACAAUUCUGAGACAGUACAACACUUUAAAUAGUCGAGUAAAACGAGCUGAAACUCCAAAAUACAGGAAAUUAUCCGCAAAGUCUUCCUUCCUAUCAAAAGCAGGCAGAUCCAAUCCUUUCAAACCCAUAAGGGAAUUUCUCAAAGAUCGGAACUCCGUAGCACCGACAAUUGAGUAAUUAUUUCCAGCAGAAUGCCAACAAAUUUUUCCAGAGACUGAAAUAAUUUUUAUACUAAGAAAUAAUUUCUUACAAUAUAUAUAUGUAUAUGUAUAUAAAUCUCAGGGUAAUUUUUAUACUUAAGGAGAAAUAUUAAUGUUGAAAAAUGAAAGUAAGAUUUAUAAAUGUACAGAGAAAUCUAUUACUAUAAAAAAAAUACUAAAAU